AUGUGGCUCAAGCGCUACCUUACCCUCGGUACAGAGAGGCCCAGGUGGGCUUUCGUAGUGGACGCCGUUAUGGCCAUCCGUGUUACGAAAGAUGCGGGAGCCAUCCGGAGGAAUGCGCAGGUGAAUACCUUCCUCCAGGACUGGCACCCAGCGGGCCACGCGAACUCCCGCCUACCCGACUACCUGAAGCGAAUGCUGAAGGUGGCAAAGCAACACAAUGUCUCCUUUGCGGCGGUGACCCUGAGCAAUGACGUGAAGGCAGGCCUUCCCGCCUGGUACCACAUAGGCACGGACAAACAGCUGCGAAGGCUGAAUAAUGCCCCUGUAAGUAACUGUCUGCGAGAUGUACACAGCGUGAGCCUGGUAACAGACCUCGUGAAAUUGGCACAACACGUCACCAUCCUCACCGACGGCGGCGACGGUCCAAGUGAGUGUGAAUGCAUGGAAUGCCGGACCAAUCGUAUACACGGAUGUCAUAAUCCCGAGCGAUGCUAUGAAGCGGCCGGGAAGCUGCUCGGCCACCUAAGCGAAAAAUGGAACCCGAGGACGGACACUGCCCCGGAUGGCCUCACCCUCACGCAUAGGCGCCAGGAGAAAAACGGAAAGGCCAUCGAGAAAGGCGGACAGACCACUUUCGACCCUUCUUUGACGCUGAGGGGCGGAGUAGCGGAAGCUUUCCGCGCAUUCGUGGCAAUGCCGAAUAUAGCAAACCCACCAGCGAUUAGACAACGUCGUGGACGAGUGGUGGAAGACGAAGCGCAGACGAUCCUAGUCCUCGGCGCCCCGAAGGACGAGAACACCGAACCACCUGACGCAGAGGGGAGCGAAGACAUUGGUUUCGUAUAUGUAGCGAGGAACAGCGAGCGAAACUCCCUGGUCCGAGCCCACCCAUCAAGUGGAAGGAACGCGAGCCCAUGGAGUGAACUAGUGGCCGCCCUGAAGGCGGCACAAGACGCCCCCCCUGACACACCACUGCACUUUAUAGGCGAGACAAACAGCCUGUCCGAAUACCUCGUCCGUGACCUGCCGCGAUGGGAGGACAGAGGCUGGAUCGACGUGCCGAACAACGCACCGGCGAAGGCACUAGUCAAUACCCUUCGCAAGCGCUGUGCUGUGACAACCUUCAGACAAGCAACCGGAGUGGGAGACAGGCGUAAGCUGGAACUUGCAAGACGUGAGGCGAAAACGCUGUGUCGGUCUGGAACGGCGCCCACCCCGUGA